GUCCCUUUUUCCUGUGGGUGGGGUUUCCCCCCCACCCUCCCCCACUUCCCCUUAUCCCCGAGGGACCCAGGCGUCCGGGGAUGGGGGAGGGGAUGGAGCCCGCGGAGCUGCUGGUGCUGCUGUGGGUGCUGAGCGGGGCCAACGCCUCCCCGCCCAUCUGGUGCUUCACCCCAUUGGCCGAGCCCGAUGGGGGCGGAGCCUGCGCUGAAUCCCUGGGAGACGAACGCGUCCCAUUGGCUCAUUGCUGCCUCAACCCCGCCUACGGAUACAGGCUCCGCCCACACGGCCUCUGCGUCCCCUGCCGGCAGGACACGUGGGGCCCGUGGGGCCCGUGGGGCGACUGCUCUGUCACCUGUGGGGAGGGGACCCAGAGAAGGGGCCGGAGACGGAGCCAAUGGGGGGACAACGGGGACAAUGGGGACAAUGGGGACACCCGGGAGUGGCAGCUGAGAGCGUGUGAACUGACCCCUUGUACAGUGGGCGGGGUUUGGAGCACGUGGGGCCCCUGGGGGCCGUGUGCGGCCACGUGCCAGGGGGCGGGGCCAAGGCCGGGGCGGAGCCGAAGCCGGCGCUGUGAUUGGCCGGAACCGGAGCCAUCGGGACCCGAAUGCGAAGGGAACGCGACCCAGAGCGAAACGUGCACGGAGCUGCCGCCUUGCCCCCAGGACGGCGCCUGGGGGGCGUGGUCGGAGGCGGUGCCGUGCGCGGUGACGUGUGGACUGGGCGUGGCCACGUUCCGCCGCGCCUGCGACGCCCCGCCCCCGAGAUACGGCGGCCGAGGUUGCCCCGGCAACGAUACCCGGAAGUGGACCCCGGGGGGCGUGUCCAAACCCCCCACUGACCCUUCGUUCUGCCCCACAGCCGUCCCCGAGUGGGGCGCGUGGGCCCCCUGGUCCCCCUGUUCCCGCCCCCAGGGGGAGGCCCUGAGCUGCCGCCCACUUGUGGGGCAGCAGCGGCGCUCCAGGGCCUGCGUGGGGCGCUCGCCGGGGGGACCCACCUGCCCCACGGCGCCGGGGGGCGGAGCCUUCCAGGUCCGCGCCUGUUACAACGUGCACCAGUGUCUGCUGCCGGGGAACUGGUCAAACUGGAGCCCCUGGGGUCUCUGCACCCCCCCAUGUGGGGCCAGCCCCACACGUAGCCGUGUCAGAGAGUGCCGGCCCGUGCACCCCAACUACCCCCCCACGGUGACCCCCGUCAGCUCCUCGGUCCCCGUUAACGUGUCCUUCUGGGGGGUCCCGCGCCCGCGCUGCCCCCUGCUGGACGGCCAGAGGCUGCGCCUGGAGGAGACGCGGCCCUGUCUCAACGUGCUGCCCUGCCCCACGGCCGACGAGGACUGAGCUUCCGGUGACGUCACGAGACCCUCGCGGAACCCAAAAUCGCCUGAAUUGUCCCCAAAAGCCUCUUGACCACCCCCCCACCCCCCCCAAUAAACACCCGGCAACUCCUGCGGCCCCGAAC